CAGCCAUUCCCAACCCCACUGCUGCAAGCAGCACCUGCCCCUCCGUGGGCACCAGGCGAGCAGGGCCCGUGCGCAGCCAACUUCGGGUCCCCCAGGGUGAGUCCCGGGCCCAGGCCCAGGCCCCUGCUGCGGAGGCUGCACUGGGAUGCUGCGCUAGGGGCUGUCCAUGGUUCUCACCCUGCUUGUCUCCUUCUAUAAACUGUGCCGGUUUGUUGCCAUGUCCAGCUCGGAGAGGCUCUCGGUGCCUGCGUACACGAGCCAUGCCUGCUUGUGGGCAGGGGCCGGGGCUGCCCGCAGCUGCCGAGAAGUGUCCCCUGGGGUGAGCACCGACGUGCGGGUGGCUCUGGAGCGGAUCCUGCCUGAGCUGCACCUGGCCAUUUCCUCCAUGAAGCAGGCAGCCGACCCUGAGGAGCUCAGGAAGGGGAUCGCUGAUAUCUUCCAGCUGGUGCAGGAAGCCUGGGUGAUGCCCACGCUGGGCCGAGACGUGGCCAAAGCUCUGUGUGAUGUCAUCCGCCUGGAGGGGGGCCUGGACCUAUUGCUGAACCUGCUCCAGGCCACAGAGCUGGAAACCAAGUGCCAGGCUGGCAAACUGCUGGAGCAGAUCCUGGCAGCGGAAAAUAGGGACCGGAUCGCCCGGAUUGGGCUGGGGGUGAUUUUGAAUCUGACCAAGGAGCGAGACAGCCCCCAGCUGGCACGCAGCCUCUCGGGUAUCCUGGAGCACAUGUUCAAACACACCGAGGACACCUGUUCCCAGCUCAUCUCCAAUGGUGGCCUGGACGCCAUCCUCUACUGGUGCCGCUGGACUGACCCCGUUGUGCUUCGCCACUGCGCCAUGGCCCUGGCCAACUGUGCCAUGUAUGGCGGGCAAGCCAACCAGCGGCUGAUGAUCGAGAAGAAGGCAGCAGAGUGGCUCUUCCCGCUGGUGUUCUCCAAAGACGACGAGCUGAUCCGCCUGCAUGCCUGCCUGGCCAUCACGGUGCUGGCCACCAACAAAGAGAUCGAAAAGGAGGUGGAGCGGUCGGGGACCCUGGCACUGGUGGAGCCCUUCAUUGCCUCGCUGGACCCAGAGCAGUUCGCAUGCGACUUGCUGGACAGCAGUGACAGCAGUCAGGGGAGGACAGCCAAGGACCUGCAGCACCUGGUGCCCUUGCUGGACAGCUCGCGGCUGGAGGCACAGUGCAUCGCUGUCUUCUACCUGUGCACGGAGGCUGCCAUCAAAGCCAGGCAGAAGAAAACCAAGAUUUUCAGUGAAAUUGGGGCUGCCCAGAGCCUGAAGAGGAUAGUGUGCUACUCCACCAACACCACUGCCUCGUGCCUGGCCAAGAAGACGCUGCGCAUGAUGGGCGAGGACGUGCCUCGGCGGAUCCUGCCCACCGUCUCCAGCUGGAAACCCAGCGAGGACCACGAGGUGGACGGGGACCUGCUGCUGCGGCUGACGGAGACGGACCUGCAGGAAGAUCUGGGGAUGGCCUCCAGCAUCGUCCGGAAGAGGUUCUUCCGGGAGCUGACGGAGCUGAAGACAUAUGCAAAUUACUCCACCUGCGACCGUAGCAACCUGGCCGACUGGCUGGGCAGCAUUGACCCCAAGUUCCGCCAGUACACGUACAACCUGAUGACCUGCGGCAUCGACCGCAACUUCCUCCACCGCGUCACGGAGGAGCAGCUGCAGGAGGACUGCCACAUCAGCGUGGGCUUCCACCGCGUGCGCAUCCUCUCUGCCGCCAGGGAAAUGCUUCACUCUCCCCUGCCAUGCAGUGGCUGCAAAUCCAGCUCCAGCUACCGGCGGAGCACUGGGUCCCAGCUGGCCAGCCUGCUGAAGGUGCAUCUGCAGCUGCAUGGCUUCAGUGUGUUCAUAGAUGUGGAGAAGCUGGAGGCGGGGAAGUUUGAGGACAAGCUGAUCCAGAGCGUGAUGAACGCCCGCAACUUCGUGCUGGUUCUCUCGCCAAACACGCUGGAUAAGUGCAUGGGAGACCCUGAGCGCAAGGACUGGGUGCACAAGGAGAUCGCGACAGCCCUGAGCUGCGGGAAGAACAUCAUCCCCGUGACUGACCAUUUUGAGUGGCCGGAUCCACAGGCUCUUCCCGAGGACAUGCGGGCUGUCCUGAAGUUUAACGGCAUCAAAUGGUCCCACGAGUACCAAGAGGCCACCAUUGAGAAGAUCGUCCGCUUCCUGCAGGGCCGCUCGUCCCGGGAUUCGUCUGCGGGCUCCGAGAACAGCCUGGAGUGUGCCCCCCCACUGGGGCAGACCUAGCGCCAGGCGGCCCCAGCCCAUGUCCUCUAGGGCCGUGUAGCUC